AUGCCAAACCUGGGGCCUCUGCAGCAGCCAUUCCAUUGCCAGUGGCAAAACAUUAUGAUGGCAGCUACAGCAAAGAUAAUAGCGGAAACGCAUGUUGCCCUUGACCCAGCCCAAUUUCAGCCCCAGACUCAGCCCAAGACUCAACCCCAGGCUAAAGUGACCAAAUAUGACUACGGGAAUCCAGGCAGCACACCGUAUCCAUACUACAACGAUUCUCCGCCGCCUGACUACAUGAAUAAUGGCAAUACACAUUACCCCACCUCGCGCCCCAAACAGUAUGCUGCACAGAGAAAACCCCAGAGUCAAAGCACGCAGCCAAGCAACAAGCGCAGCUCAAACCAAUACCAGUACCAGUACCAGGGGCAGCAGCAGCAACAACAAGGCCAGGAAUUCUCUAUUCAUCAGAACUAUGACAAUUACCAGACGAUUUCGCACAAGCGGAGCCCCAGUCAGGGUAAUUUGCAAUCAACUGGACACAACCACCAUCAUAGUCUGUCACCUAGCAUGGCAGCCGUUUCGAAAGCAUACACGCUCUUGUCUCUGCCUGUGGCGGGCGCACUUGCAAGUACGAUUGCAAAAUCCACAAAGAAGCCAGGGAAAAGAGUGACGUUUGCCGACCCCAUUACCGAGUACCAAAAUAUGCCCGUGCCCAACUCGACAUUGGCGCCAGUCAAAACUUAUAUCCCAGGCACUUCGAUCCUCAAGAAGAGCUCGCUGUCGCAGGAGGCUUCUGCUACCGAGUAUGGAGGCAUCAGCGGCAAAAUUCUGUUACAGCUGUUCGAGGCACAGAAAUACAACCAGAAUAAGCAGAGUUCUGGCCGCAAGCGCAAUGUCAGCGAGAGCCACUAUGUGGCCGACGGGAGCAUGUGCGGCGACGGUUGUGAUUGCCAAUGGGAGGACUUGCGCAGAAACUCGAGCUAUGAGCAAAACAUGUAUUCCUCCGGUAAUCCCUACAGUGGUAUCCCACUGUACGCUUGCACUUGA